GAAAAAAAACGACUAAAAAAGCGCCUGUACGUCUUCGGAAAUUCUAAUUUCCGGUUCCGGUAAAGAAAGGCGCACCGCUGCAUCUCGUCAUAAUGCCAAAAUCAAAGGAAGUGCUCUCUUCCACAUCUGGAAGUGACUCUGACAGUGAAGUGGAGAAGAAGGCAAAAAGAAAGAAGCCCAGUGUUCAAGAGAAACCAUCAAAGAAAGCAAAAAGUGGGGAGAGCUCUAAGCCAGGUGGCUCAUCCGGGGGCAGUGGUAAUGGUGAUGACAACAUGUUCCAGAUCGGAAAGAUGAGGUAUGUCAGUGUGCGGGAGUUCAAAGGCAAAGUCCUGAUUGACAUCAGAGAGUACUGGAUGAACCCAAACGGGGAGAUGAAGCCGGGCAAGAAAGGUAUCUCCCUCAAUCCGGAACAAUGGAACCAGCUCAAGGACCAGAUGUCAGACAUCGAUGAUGCCAUGAAGAGAAUAUAAAUGCUCCUUUCGUGUGUUGCCUGUAGUCUGCUCCACUUUUUGUAAAAAAAAAAAUAAAAAAAAAUCCUGGGCUGUUUUCUAAUGAACUUA